AUGUCGUUCCUCACCGAGAACAUUAUCCGCCAAGCCACUCUGAUCCCGCGGAUCAUCGCCAGGCAAAGUCCCCGGGCAUUUUCAACGAGCCUCGUAUUUAACCGAACGGCUACCGAGGCUAUUAAAGAUGGCGCGAAAUCCGUCGACCGCGCCGUGAGCGACAAGCUUGUUGAUGGCAUCAAUGCAACCGAGGCCGUCGGUAGCAAAUUGAAGGACGGCGUGCAGGAAGUCACACAGGGAAAGACCAGCGGCAAGGCUGCCGAAUUGAGAGGCGAGGCGAAGGGCAAGGCGAGCGAGCUGGCAGGUGAAGCAAAGGGAGCCGCAGAGCAAGCGAAAGGCAAGGUAAAGGGAGCUGUCGAUCAAGCAAAGAGCAAAAUGUAA